GAUGACAUUCACCCUCUUGCACCAUGCAGUAGCGCAGUUUCAUCUCUGGAGAUAUACACUGUAAUGGCAGUGUCAACUGUUCCUCGAUUAACUGGGGCACUGCGAGCUUUCUCGCACAUAACAGCUGAUGUGGAUUAUGAAAAAUCUGCUGAUGCCACCUGGUUACCACGCUUCUCCCAUCGACGCGAAAGUCAAGAUCUAACAUGGAGCAAGCUAAAGUCUACCCUGCUAAGCCAUUCCUCGAAAAGCAUCGAAUCUUUGAAGGAGUUAACUCAUGUUGCAAAAGACUUUGUUGGAAGUUACGCAACUCAGGACGAGGUACAAUCGGCUGCAACAUUUCUGUUCUCAACAUUGAAAGACCAUGAGUCAGUUUCAAGAGAAAUUGCAAAGACCCUGCAACAAGCAUUUGGCCACUUUACUAUGGCCUCUGCUCAGAAAGCUUUACUCAUUGUGAAGAAACUACUCUCUGGAAUUCCUGAACAAAUUAGAGAUGAACUGAAGAAAACUGGUGACAGGGUCCAAAUAAACGAAGAGUUUGGUAAAGGUAUCAAAUUCACAGCACCUCGAGAUGAAACUCUUGACCUCCUAAGUUCAGAUUCUGAAACUGAGGACUAUCAAGAAUUGAAAAUUGAUUUGAAAUACCACAGUCCUACAGCGAAGAAAACAACAGCAACUGGAAAGUCUAGGGUAAAGCUUUGCAGAGAUCAAUCAAGGAGAGGAGUUAGUACAGCAGAAAACAGACAGCCAGAUGCAUCCUGGUUACAGUUUGAAGUUUUGAAGUACUUUAAAGAUGAUGACAAUGAACUUGGCCUACCGGUGUCUGCUAUUUGUGCGUCAUUGUUUGACAUGCUCUCUUCAGACCAGACGAAUGAGCAACUUCAAAACGAUCUGUUCGAUUUUCUGGGCUUUGAAAGGAUUGUGAUGAUUGAAGGUCUCCUACAAAGUCGAAGCUCACUACUAGACUCUGCGUUUAACCAGGACUUACCUGAAUCAAAGCUCCCGUGUGAAUUGCAGCAAAGCCGACCCAAUGUUGCCUGUACAGUUACAGUUCAGUCGAAUCUGAUGAAACAACUGAAAAAACAGUUGCGGAAGGAAGCAGAAGAAGAUGAGAAAAAGUUUCCAUUCCACAAAGCACUGAGAGAUGAGAGGGCGGCCCAGCUAGAUGCUGCUGCCAAAGUUCCUCUAUUUCAAGACAGGCUUCCCCGCACCGAUACUGUAGUGGAGAAGUUUCCCCAUGUGUUUGACUUGUAUGCUGAAGCUAAGAGUUCAUCUGCCUUUGUGGGAGGAGCAACGAUGGUAUUGCCAGAUGGGUUUGAUCGGAAAGACAACAAAUUGUACGAAGAAGUAAACAUUCCGCCAACAGAGCAAGCUCCAGUUGGAGAAGACUUUCAUCUAAUCCAGAUCUCAGAGCUGGAUGAGAUAGCCCAGGUGGCCUUUAGAAGUACUAAGCAGCUGAACAAGAUACAGUCGGUAGUGUGUGAGACAGCGUACUACAGCAACGAAAAUCUGCUGAUAUGCGCUCCGACUGGUGCUGGCAAGACGAACAUUGCCAUGCUCACUGUGUUGCAUGAGAUUAAGAAGCACAUCCACCAGGGAGUCAUCAAGAAGGAUGAUUUUAAGGUUGUCUACAUAGCACCGAUGAAAGCUCUGGCUGCAGAGAUGGUCAGGAAUUUUGGCCAGAAGUUGGAGCCACUAGGAAUACAAGUAAAAGAGUUGACUGGAGAUAUGCAACUGACAAAGACAGAAAUCAUGCAAACGCAGAUGCUGGUGACGACGCCGGAGAAGUGGGACGUGGUGACGCGUAAGGGCGCCGGUGACGUGGCGCUCACGCAGCUUGUGCGUCUGCUCAUCAUCGACGAAGUACACCUGCUGCACGACGACCGCGGGGCCGUGCUGGAGAGUCUCGUCGCUAGGACGCUACGACAGGUGGAGUCGUCUCAAUUAAUGAUCCGUAUCGUCGGUCUAUCAGCAACUCUGCCAAACUACAUGGAUGUGGCACAGUUCUUAAGGGUCAACCCAUAUGUUGGUCUUUUCUUCUUUGAUGGUCGUUUUAGACCAGUUCCACUUGGCCAAACCUUCAUAGGAGUUAAAGGUAGAAAUCCAAUGCAGUUGAUGGGAGCCAUGGACGAAGUUUGUUACGAAAAAGUUGCUGAACAAGUGAAAAAUGGGCACCAGGUGAUGGUCUUUGUUCACGCGCGUAAUGCCACAGUGCGCACUGCUAUGACGCUGCGGGACAAGGCCUCGUCGAAGAACGAGCUCCGUAUGUUUUCCGCGGAUCAGGACUCCAAGUUUGGGUUGGCUCAGAAGCAGAUGACACGAUCACGAAACAUGCAGAUGAAAGAACUUUUCGAGGAUGGCUUCAGCAUUCAUCACGCUGGGAUGCUGCGCAGCGACAGGAAUCUCGUGGAGAGAUUCUUUACGAGCGGUCUCAUCAAGGUGCUCUGCUGCACCGCGACCCUCGCCUGGGGCGUCAAUCUUCCCGCGCACGCUGUCAUCAUCAAGGGCACUCAGAUUUACGAUGCGAAGCACGGCAUGUUCAUCGACCUCGGGAUGCUGGACGUGAUGCAGAUAUUCGGGCGCGCGGGGCGGCCGCAGUACGACAAGUACGGACACGGCACGAUCAUCACGAGCCACGACAAGCUGUCGCACUACCUGUCUCUGCUCACCCGCCAAAACCCGAUCGAGAGCCAGUUUCUCGGCAGCCUCACCGACAAUCUAAACGCAGAGGUUGCGCUUGGAACUGUGACUAAUGUCGAGGAAGCAGUGGAGUGGCUCAGUUACACCUACCUGUUCGUUCGAAUGCGCAAGAACUUCCACGCCUAUGGAAUCCCGUUCACUGCGUUACAAAACGAUCCGAUGCUACUCGGCCACAGAAAGGUUCAGAUAGUUCAUGCUGCUCGCCAACUGGACUCGGCCCACAUGGUCAGGUUUGAGGAGCGCACUGGGUUUCUCUUCUCAACAGAUCUGGGUCGCAUAGCCAGCCACUUUUACAUCAAGUAUGACACGGUAGCGACGAUCAAUGAAGAGCUAAAGUCUGCGAUGACAGAGGCAGAUAUCCUCGCGACAGUGUCCAAAGCUCAGGAGUUUGAACAGAUCAAGGUGAGAGACGACGAGCUGGAGGAGUUGGAUCGCCACCAGAUGGAGUCGUGUCACCUGAACGUGUUCGGCGGUACGGAGAACACGUACGGCAAAGUGAACGUGCUCAUACAGUCGUUCAUCUCCCGUGCGCGCAUGGACAGUUUCUCACUGGUGUCCGACGCCGCGUACGUGAAACAGAAUGCGUCGAGAAUCAUCAGAGCCCUGUUUGAGGUGUGUCUCACCAAGGGCUGGCCCAUCAUGUCGGGACGACUGCUCACUCUCAGCAAGGUGAUGGACAGGCAGCUCUGGGGGUUCCAAAAUCCAAUGCGGCAGUUUGACCUGCCACAUGAAAUCCUCGAGAAGCUAGAACGACUUAAACUGACACCAGAUAAACUCCGGGAAAUGGACUCCAAGGAGAUUGGCCACAUGGUUCAUCAUGUGCGAAUGGGACCAGAGAUAAAGAAAUUUGCCUACCAGAUUCCCAAUUUGACUUUGGAAGCAACCAUACAGCCCAUCACCAGGACUGUGUUGAAGGUUCAACUCGGCAUCGAGGCUGACUUCACGUGGAAUGAUCGAGCUCACAGGAGUGUGGAGCCCUUCUGGAUCUGGGUUGAGGACCCAGACAAUGAUCAUAUCUACCACUCUGAAUACUUCCUGCUGCAGAAAAAACAGGUCAUGAAGAGUGAGCGACAGGUCCUAACUUUCACAAUUCCGAUAUUCGAGCCACUUCCAUCUCAGUACUAUGUGCGAGCCAUCAGUGACCGCUGGCUGGGGUCUGAGUCCGUGUGCCCAAUCUCUUUCAAGCAUUUGAUCAUGCCGGAGCGACACCCGCCUCACACUGAAUUGCUUGAUCUGAACCCGUUGCCCGUGAGUGCACUGGGCGACUACCGACUGGAGCUCGUGUACAGCUUCUCGCAUUUCAACCCGGUUCAGACACAGAUCUUCCACUGUCUGUACCACACCGACAACAAUGCACUCGUGGGGGCGCCGACCGGCUCAGGAAAGACCGUUGCUGCUGAGCUUGCCAUAUUCCGAGUGUUCAGAGAGUACCCAAAGUGCAAGGCUGUAUACGUAGCACCGCUGAAGGCCCUAGUCCGGGAGAGAAUACAAGACUGGAAGGAGCGUAUAGAGAAGAAACUAGGAAAACGUGUGGUGGAGCUGACAGGUGACGUGACCCCUGAUGCGCGUGCCAUCGCCAACGCUGACCUCAUCGUCACGACCCCGGAGAAGUGGGACGGGAUAAGUCGCAGCUGGCAGACGAGAAACUACGUCCAGUCUGUCGCACUCAUCGUCAUCGACGAAAUCCACCUGCUAGGUGCUGACAGAGGUCCCGUUCUUGAAGUUCUUGUCUCGAGAACCAACUUCAUAUCGUCGCACACGGGUCAGAAGGUCAGAGUAGUCGGACUGUCCACCGCUCUCGCUAACGCUCGUGACCUAGCGGACUGGCUCAACAUCGAUCAGAUGGGCUUGUUUAACUUCCGACCUUCUGUAAGGCCUGUGCCCCUUGAGGUACACAUCUCCGGCUUUCCUGGGAAACACUACUGCCCUCGCAUGGCGACAAUGAAUAAACCUACUUUCCAAGCGAUCAAGACACACUCCCCAACAAAACCUGCUCUGAUAUUUGUGUCGUCACGGCGACAGACCAGGGUAACAGCACUGGACAUGAUUGCCUAUCUGGCUGCAGAAGACAACCCCAGGGAGUGGCUCCACAUGCCAGACGGGGAGAUGGACCACUUGAUACGAGAUAUACGCGAUGCAAACCUGAAGUUGACCUUGGCCUUUGGUAUUGGGAUUCACCAUGCUGGACUUCACGAGAAAGACAGGAAAGCUGUGGAGGAACUGUUUGUUAACCAGAAGAUACAGGUGCUUGUUGCAACCAGCACACUGGCGUGGGGUGUUAACUUCCCAGCUCAUCUGGUAGUGGUAAAAGGUACCGAGUACUUUGAUGGUAAGACAAAGAGAUACGUGGAUUUUCCCAUCACAGACGUACUACAGAUGAUGGGCAGAGCAGGGCGACCACAGUUUGAUGACGAAGGCAUCGCCGUCAUACUCGUACAAGAUGUCAAGAAACAUUUCUACAAGAAGUUUCUCUACGAGCCGUUCCCUGUGGAGUCGAGUUUGUUGGAGGUUUUGCCUGACCACAUGUGUGCAGAGAUUGUCGCUGGAACAAUCAGCUCCAAACAGGAUGCCCUUGAAUACCUCACAUGGACUUACUUCUUCAGACGAUUACUCGUCAACCCUAGCUACUACAGUCUGUCGGACACCGGCCACGACAGCAUCAACCGCUACCUGUCGAGUCUCGUCGAGCGGGCCGUCGUCUCGCUCUCCUACUCUCACUGCAUCCAGCUGGAGGAUGACGAUCGCACGAUCGCCGCGACGACGCUCGGCCGCAUCUGCUCCUACUACUACCUCAGCCACCUGACGGCGCAGAUGUUCAAGGAAGCCCUCGCGCCGGACGCCCGCGUCGAGAAGGUCGUCGAGAUUCUCUCGAAUGCACACGAGUACGCCGAGUUACCGGUCAGGCACAACGAAGAUGCAAUAAACAGCGAGCUAGCCAAGCAGCUGCCCCUGGAGGUGCCACCACACAGCUUUGACAGUUCACACACGAAAGCCAACCUGCUGCUUCAAGCCCACUUGUCUCGUCAGCAUCUGCUAUGCAGUGACUACAACACCGACACCAAGUCUGUCAUGGACCAGGCCAUACGUAUCUUACAGGCGCUUCUGGAUGCUGCAGCGGAUAAGGGUUGGCUGCUGGCCGCACUUAACGUGAUACACGUGGUACAGAUGCUGUACCAAGGUCGCUGGCUACAGGAUUCAUCCCUGCUUACUCUACCUCACGUUGAGAAGUACCACCUUGGCUGCUUCAGGCGGGGCAACCAAAGAAUAGAUUGCCUACCAGAACUGAUGGCAGUUGUUGGCAGCAAGUAUGAAGUGCUAUUCAAAAUGAUGAAACAAGACUUUGAUCCGCCACAGAUAGAGCAGGUGUAUCAGGUAUUGCAUCAGCUACCAGUGUUGGAGACCAGUCUCAGCAUCAAAGGUUGGUGGGCAGAUGGAGAGAAGGAACUAGAAGUUGAUGUGUCAGAGGGUUCUGGUACAAGGCUAGUGAAUAAACCUUGGAUAGAAGUACAUGCAGAUCAGGAGUAUGUUCUCAAUGUCAAUCUCACUCGCCUCAACCGAAACAAGGGGGAGAGGCGAGCGCACACGCCACAGUUCCCAAAGCCAAAGGAUGAGGGCUGGUUCCUCAUGCUGGGCGAGAUUGACUUGCGCGAGGUGCUCGCGCUGAAACGCAUCGGCUUCGUGCGUGGCCGCCAGAGGGCGCCACUAGUGUUCUACACACCCGAGAGAGAGGGCAGAGUCAUCUAUACGCUGUACGUGAUGAGCGACGCGUACCUCGGCCUCGACCAGCAGUACGACGUCUGCCUAGACAUACUGCCUCCCAGCAUUGAAGCACAGUUGAACAGUGAGCUGGCGGCCGGCUGGGAUAGCAACAUGCCUGCGUGAGGGGUGCCACGCCUCGACAUACUGUCUCCCAGCGUCGAAGCUCAGUUGAACAGUGAGCUGGCGGCCGGCUGGGAUAGCAACAUGCCUGCGUGAGGGAUUCCACAUGAGAUAAAACAUGGUCAAGAUGCUCUUGUAUCUCGGAUCAUCAGCACCUGUGUACGCUGCUCCGCAUGUGAGUUUGGCGAGUGAAAUCCGCAGCAAGCGUAGGAAUAUGGAGCCCGGCAUAUCAUUUGCAUCAUAGUGGUCAGAUGCAACCCUAUGUAUUUUGUUAAUAACGGCUAUAUGUCUGCAUUGUGGUCAUGAUUAGACACAUUUACGAAGGAGUUAUGCGUUAAUAUUGAUAAAAAAACGUAUAUAUCUGUGUGGUUAUUGUAAUAGUUAGAGCCGCCAAUCAUUGAAUUAUUGCCAAUAUUAAAAUGUUAAUAUUCUUUUUAGUUUAGAGUAUGUAUAUGUUAUGAUAUGCCACCAGGUGUAUGCAGCCAUGGUUAUAUGUGAGAAUACUUUCAUGAUACUACAGUAUUCCCUCGUCUAUCGUGGGGGGGUUACAUUCCUGGAAACAACCAGGAUUGGUGAAUGGUGAAUACAACGUUUAAUGGAAAGCGUGGCGUUAUAGGGGGGACAUGGUAAUGGGUUGUGGCUGUUUAUUACGCUUCUAUACGUGUACGUUACACGCAAUAGUAUUAAUUUUCACACGCGUGGGAAGUACGACGCAGAUUCUUAGGUAUAUAUAUAUAUAUAUAUAGUCAAGAGAUGAAUACGCUCCCUUUCUAUUACUCUCGGAAUUUCUUUGAAGCGGCAGGAGUCUGUGUGGCGCCCUGAAAAUUUAUCUAGCGUUCGCAUGGCCACUGUAUUUACUACUGGGUUUGCUUGCAACACAGCUGAACAUAGCUUUAGAGUGCUCGCUGUGGUACCAGUGGUCACGGCUCAGGCCAGAGGUUUAUGCAGCGAACAUAUAUAUAUAGUACCUUCGAAAUGUAAAAAAAAACUAGGAUAAGAUAACAGAUCACCACUCUACUUCAAACAACUACCGCCACCAGUGUACGCACAUAUAAACUCAUGGUUCGCACAGUCCUUGAAAAGUCCUUGAAUUUGAGGGGAGUCCUUGAAAAGUACUUGAAUUUAGUAAA